AUGUUGCGUUCAAUUGCCAGUAAAAGACUCUUCUCGCAGUCGCUUGCGAGAUUGGACACCUUGGCUUUUGUGGAGGCGGCCCAUGGCAAAGUCACGCCUGCGUCGCUUUCGGCCAUUGUCGCUGCAAAGGCCAUUGGAAAACCCGUCACCGCCAUAGUGGCCGGACCCGACGGCGCGGAAGCGGCAGCGUCUGUUUCCAAGAUCGAAGGGCUCUCGAACGUUUUGGUGGCCAAGGCGCCGCAGUACCGCCACUACCUUGCCGAGGAAGUUGCGCCUUUGCUCAAGGAAGUGGUGGAGUCUAGAGGCUUCACGCACGUGAUAGCCCCGGCUAGUGCUGUUGGCAAAUCGCUUUUGCCCCGGUUGGCGGCGUUGCUUGAUGUCCAGCCCGUUUCCGAUAUCAUCCGUGUUGAGGCGCCCGACACCUUUGUGCGGCCAAUCUAUGCGGGCAAUGCUUUGGCCACAGUCAAGUCUCUGGACAAGGUGAUUCUUGUAUCGGUGCGUGCGUCGGCGUUCCCGGCUGCGGAGACCAAUGGCGAUGCUGUGCCAGUUGAGGAAGUGUCAGCUUCGGCCGAAUCCGGUAACAGAACUGAGUUUGUUUCCGAGGACUUGGUCCAGUCCGAAAGACCUGAGUUGGGUCUGGCCACGAGAGUGGUUGCAGGCGGCCGCGGUUUGAAGAACAAAGAGACUUUUGAUGCUUUGCUUGAGCCUUUGGCCGAAAAGUUGGGCGCUGCCGUUGGCGCAUCGAGAGCGGCCGUGGAUUCUGGUUUCUGUGACAAUUCGUUGCAGGUGGGCCAAACAGGAAAGAUUGUCGCCCCUGAGCUCUAUGUCGCUGUGGGUAUUUCGGGUGCCAUCCAGCAUCUUGCAGGCAUGAAGGACUCGAAGACGAUCGUUGCCAUCAACAAGGACCCGGAGGCUCCUAUUUUCAAUGUGGCUGACAUUGGGUUGGUGGCUGACCUCAAUGAGGCUGUUCCUGAGUUGACAAACAAAUUGUAA